AGAAAAUCGGAUUUAUAACUGCGGGCCGGCGCGCCUGCGAGGUCCUCUCCCCUGGAAUCGACGACAAGACAUUGAGCGAGCGCCGGCAGCCACCAACAACAACGAAAGUGUCGAUUGCUACACAUUACUUAUAUACGUUUGAUCUCUCGGCGAGCAGCACGCCCUUCUCUCGAACCCGACCACGUAAUCGCACGCACAACACACCCGCACAACACGCACAAAGACACCAUCAUGGCAUCGACGGCGUCUUUCCCCCGCCACGCGGGCCACGGCAUGGACGGCAUGGAAGGCAUGGACGGCAUGGGCGACGGGCACGGCACCGCCGCGGGCGGGCACGACGGGUCCAUGGGGUCCAUGAUGAUGGCCAUGGUGUUCCAGACGCAGACGGCGACGCCGCUCUACUCCAACGCGUGGACGCCCAAGAACGCGGGCGCCUACGCCGGCACCUGCAUCUUCCUGGUGGUGCUCGCCAUCGUGGCCCGCCUGCUGCUCGCGGCGCGCGCCCUCCAGGAGGCCCGCUGGCUGGACCGCGACCUCGGCCGCCGCUACGUCGCCGCGCCCGGCAGGGGCUCGCUCGCCGAGACGCUCGCCCGCGACCCCGACGCCAAGCAGCACGCCGCCCUCUCCGUCAACGGCGUCGAGGAGGAGGUCUGCGUCGUCGAGCGCAGGGGCCACGCCGCCCGUCCCUGGCGCUUCAGCGUCGACCCCGUCCGCGCCGUCAUGGACACGGUCAUUGUCGGCGUCGGAUACCUGCUCAUGCUGGCUGUCAUGACCAUGAACGUCGGCUACUUCAUGUCCGUCCUGGCGGGCGUCUUCAUCGGCAGUCUCGCCGUCGGUCGCUACAGCGGCGUGGGCGAGCACUAGACGACGACAACGUGCACCCUUCAUUCGACGGCGGCAGCGCAUCGUGUCUGGUUCGGCACAGCACACAUCAGACGACUUUCCUUUUUGUCCACACAUUGUUGUUAUCCAUUCAGCAGGCGGCGUUCAGGGCAGUCAAUGCAGUCGGGGGAGCAUCAUCAUUCUACAGAAGAGUCGCGCAGGCGAAUGCGCCCCGCAGCGAGUCAUCUACAUAGUAGCCAGUAAUGCUUCGUAGCAGUUUAGAACCGUACGGAGGAGCGCGCAAUGUGGAUCAUUAGAC